UAAUAAUAAAAAGUGGUUAACACGAGCGCGCGCGGCACUGAACCGAACACUUGCUCCAUUUUCUAACAACAGCAGCAUCCAUAACCAUUUACUGGUAUGUUUCACUCAAUUUUGAAUCUUUCUGCUUUCGUCUGAGUUUCUAGUCUUUCACACAUUUUUCAUUGGUUGAAUAAUGUUCGUCAAGCUUCAACUAGACCCCGGUUGCCUAUCCUUGUUGGGUUCCACGAAGAUUGUACCCAAUAUAGGAAUCUCAGUUUCUCCUCUAGAAAAACUUGAGGCUAUUAGCAAGGAUAGGAAGCAAAGGGUCAUUAAAACUCCCGAUGCAGAAGGAUUUAAGAAGAAGUUUAGUGAAUUCCCCAGACCCUCUCGUGAUACAGCUAGUAGUGGCCGUCGAGAGUUUAAAAAACAGAGUUUGGUGGAAAACCCAGGUACAGAAAGGAGAGAAAACUGUUGGGAUAGUGGUGGAGUUUUGAAGGAGAACGAGGGUAAUGGUAAAUUUAGGAGGAGUAGUACUAGACAAGAUGUGGUAGUAAAGAAAGUGCAUACCAAGUGUUCGACGAAAUGGGGGUCUUAUGGGGGUUGUAUUCCGGCAAUCCUGCAAGCUUUAGUUGAAGUUAAGGAUUUGGAUAAGGCUUUACAGCCUUGGGAGGGGAAUCUUAACAAUAAAGAAAGGAGCAUAAUUUUGAAAGAGCAGGUGAGCUGGGAAAGGGCUUUGGAAAUCUUUGAUUGGUUCAAGAGUAAGGGUUGUUAUGAAUUGAAUGUAAUUCACUACAAUAUUAUGCUCAGAAAACUUGGGAAAGCUAGGAAGUGGAGCUAUAUUGAGGGUCUUUGGGAUGAAAUGAAAGCCAAAGGAAUUGCACCAAUAAAUUCAACUUAUGGGACUUUAAUCGAUGUUUAUAGCAAAGGCGGGCUUAAAGAAAAGGCACUUCUUUGGCUGGCGAGAAUGAACAAGCAAGGAAUGGUACCUGAUGAAGUAACUAUGGGAAUUGUUGUUCAACUGUAUAAGAAAGCAGGGGAGUUUCAAAAGGCUGAGGGUUUUUUCAAGAAAUGGUCAUUAAGUGAACAGCUGAGGCAAAAGAGUAAAACUGUGAAUGGUUCCACUAAAAUGGAGACUGGUUUGCAUUCUCAUGUUUGUUUGAGUUCACAUACGUACAACACUUUGAUUGACACAUACGGGAAAGCUGGACAGCUUAAGGAAGCAUCUAAAGUUUUUGCAGAGAUGCUUACCGAAGGGAUAGCUCCGACCACUGUUACUUUCAACACUAUGAUUCACAUUUGUGGCAACCAUGGCCAGAUAGAAGAAGUGACUUCUUUGAUUCAGAAGAUGGAGGAACUUAGGUGUCCACCAGACACAAGAACCUAUAACAUUCUAAUCUCCUCCCAUGUGAAGAGAGAUGAUAUAAACAUGGCAACGAAGUACUUCAAGAAGAUGAAGGAGGCCUACCUAGAGCCAGACCCUGUGACUUAUCGUACACUAUUGUAUGCAUACUCUAUAAGGCAUAUGGUAUCUGAAGCUGAAGACCUUGUAUCAGAGAUGGAUCAUAGGGGCCUUGAGAUUGAUGAAUUUACCCAGUCAGCUUUGACUAGGAUGUUUAUAGAAUCUGAGAACCUUGAGAAAUCAUGGUUAUGGUUCAAAAGGUUCCAUCUUACUGGCAGAAUGAGUUCUGAGUGUUAUUCUGCCAACAUCGAUGCAUAUGGAGAGCAUGGCCUUGUUUCCGAGGCUGAAAAUGUUUUUUAUUCUUGCCAGGAAGCGAAGAAACUAACCGUCCGUGACUUCAAUGUGAUGAUUAAGGCUUAUGGUGUAGGAAAAUGUUAUCAGAAGGCAUGUCUUUUGUUUGAUAGUAUGGAGAAUCAUGAUGUUGUUCCAGACAAAUGUACUUACAGUUCACUCAUUCAAAUUUUGGCUGGUGCUGGUAUGCCGCAUGAAGCAAACUCCUAUCUGAUGAAGAUGCAAAAUUCUGGAUUGGUAAGUGAUUGCCCCCUGUAUUGUGCUGUGAUAUCAAGCUUUAUAAAAUUAGGUAAACUGAAAAUGGCAGAGGAACUAUAUAAGGAGAUGGUUAGAUAUGGUGUGAAGCCUGAUGUCUUAGUCUUUGGAAUAUUGAUGAAUGCUUUUGCUGAUGCUGGCUGUGUAAAAGAAGCUCUUGGUUAUGUUGAUGAAAUGAAAAAAUCUGGUUUACCUCUGAACACAGUUAUAUACAAUUCCUUGAUCAAGCUCUAUACAAAAGUUGGCUUUUUGAAAGAAGCACAGGAUACAUAUGAACUUCUGUCAUCAGAAGAGGAGGGUCCUGCUACCUAUUCUUCAAAUUGUAUGAUUGACCUUUAUACCUCACAAUCUAUGGUUGAACCAGCAGAAGAAAUCUUCGAGAGAUUGAAGAGAAAAGGGGCUGCAAAUGAGUUCACAUUUGCAAUGAUGCUGUGCUUGUACAAGAAACUUGGAAGGUUUGAUGAAGCCUUUGUUAUUGCAAAGCAAAUGAAAGAACUAGGAAUUUUAACCGAAUUAUUGAGCUAUAAUCAUGUUCUAGGAUUGUAUGCUGUUUGUGGUAGAUAUAAGGAGGUGCUAGCAACCUUCACAGAAAUGAUGAAAGCUUCUGUUCAACCUGAUGAUUCUACAUUUGAAUCUCUUGGCAUUGUUCUGGUGAGAUCCGGGGUUUCGAGGCAAGCUGUUGGAAAACUUGAAGUAAUGACUAAGAAGAAUGCUCAAGUUGGAUUGCAGAAAUGGGUGUCAGCCCUUUCUUCUGUAGUCCAAGUGGAUGAUUGUGAUUACUUGUAGCUGUUCUUGUAUCGAGCAGAAGUUUGAGCAUGGGGGUAAGAUACAAGGCUACAAUUUGUAGUUAAAAAGAUGAAAAUUCAUAGGAAGGAUUUGAUUGUAGAAUUUGCACAGUUUGUAUGGUGAAAUAUAGACCUUUGUAUAUAGUAGAAUGUAGAACAAAAAUUUGUGUAACCUUACUUGUAUGAUCUUGUUCUUGGAUAGUA